GGGGGGGAAAGAGAGGGAGGUGGGAGGAGAGAAAAGGGAAAAAAAGAAAAAGAUGUUGCCACUACCUGGGAUGGAUAAGCAGUGCCCAAGAGAUAGGAACCGGGAUGUGGUGGAGGAGGAGGAGGAGGGGAGGGGAGGAGGAGAGGAGGAGAGGAGAAAAAGAGGAACGAGGGAGGAGGAACGGGAACGAGCAGGUAGCAGAAGGUGGUCCAAGACAAGAGACAGACAGAUGCCAGUCCGUGUUGCUACUGCUGCUUGGGAGGGAAAGGGAAGGGGAAGGGAGCGAAGGGAAGGGAACGCCCGCCAGAACGGCACGCAGGAAAAGCCGGGAGCACCGCGACCGCCUAGUCGGGUCUGGUCUGGUCUGGUCUGGUCGGCCUGGUCUGCCUGCCCUUUCCGCGAGAAACCCACUCACUCUCCUUCACUCAGGAAAAGGACCAAAGCACUAAAGCACUAAAGCACUAAAGCACCGAGGGAAGGAUGUCCUGCACGGCACUGGAUAGAUCGGCUGCCAAAUGUGAUCGAGAGGGCCGCCCGAUGCACACCGUCGUCACCAACAAUGACCCGGUCCGAUGCAAGUCAACGGCAGUG